GUCUUGGAUUUGAUCCGCCCCCAACAAUUCAUGUGAACACAGCUUAUAAUUAUUUGAAAGUACUUGGUUAUGAAUUUUCUCGAACAAAAAAAGGGAUUUAUAUUGAUGGACAUGAACGGGAUGAUAUUGUAGCAUAUCGAGUAGUAUUUUUAGAUAGAAUGUUAGAGUUAGAAAAAUUAAUGCCUGUAUUUGAUGGUGAGAAUAUGGAAAUAGAGAUAUGGCCGGAGUUAUCUCCUGGAGAAAACUUCAUAUACUUGUUAUAUAUGAUAAAUAUAUAUUUUCUUCGUAUGAUGGGUGAGCAACCACUUAGAAAAAAAGGAAAAGAACGGUCUUUGCAUGUUAGUGAAUUUUUGACAGAUAUAUGCGGACACUUAAAGCUAGAUGCAAGCUCUCCAAAUUAUCUCAAGAAAGCAUGUGUUAUUAUAACUCUAGAUACUAAUGGAGAUAGCUGGUGGACGGCUGAAGAUCUUAUAGCACAAGUGCGAGAUAAGGUGAUUCCUAUAUUUAAAGAACAGUUCCCUGGAGCAGUUGCAGUUUUUGCUUUUAACAAUGCAACUAGUCAUGCAGCUUUUGCACCUGAUGCUCUUGUUGCAAAACGAAUGAAUAAGAGAUCAAAAGGAAAACAACCUAAAAUGAGAUCCACAACUUUCAGAUCUGAAAUUACACAAGAUAUAGUUUUUCCUUUAAAUCAUCCAGAUGCUUUACUUCGAGGACAGCCAAAAGGACUGCAAGUUGUAUUAUCUGAACGUAAACUAUGGCGAGAAGUAUCAGUUGGAGGAAAUGAUUAUUGCUAG